GCGCGGCGGCGCUGGAGAGGCGCGGUCCGAGAAGCCAGCGGCCGGAGAAGGGGCUCCAAGAAGCACAAGUUGGCGCUGGCCCCGAACCAGGCUGUUGUUGUUCUCAACGUGGUCCGCCAUGAAGCUAUAAAAAGCCGAGAGAAGCGCCCUCCCGCCAGAGCGCAGCGCGCACGCCCAGCGAGUUCCAGAGGCGCCAGUGGAAGCUGCGGCGGCGGUGUCUCGCGUUCGGCGGGAUUUCUCUUCGCUCCGGCUCGGCCUAGGUCUGCGUCCCCAGCUCCAGCCGCCGGCUCGGACUCGGUCUCUGACCCCCAACUCGGUCCCCUAGUCCGGCCCCGGCUCCGGGCCCCCCAACCCUCGCUCCGGCCCGGCCCGGCCCCCACCCCAGCCCUGCCGCCCGGCCCCAGGCCCGGCCGCGGCCGCUCCCGCCUGGAGCCGCCGCGCGCCCCCAGCCCCCCUGCACCCCCUCGGCCCCUCGCCUUCCUCUUCCCGGCGCGGCCCCCCGGCUUCCGCGCGCCGCCCGCCACCAACCCUCUUGCUACCAUGUCCGUGGAGCUCGAGGAGGCCCUGCCAGUGACGACCGCCGAGGGGAUGGCCAAGAAGGUGACCAAGGCUGGCGGCUCGGCGGCGUUGUCCCCAUCUAAGAAGAGAAAGAAUAGCAAGAAGAAGAACCAGCCGGGCAAGUACAGCCAGCUGGUGGUGGAGACCAUCCGUAGGCUGGGCGAGCGCAACGGCUCGUCGCUGGCCAAGAUCUAUACCGAGGCCAAGAAGGUUCCGUGGUUCGACCAGCAGAAUGGGCGCACCUACCUCAAGUACUCGAUCAAGGCGCUGGUGCAGAACGACACGCUUCUGCAGGUGAAGGGCACCGGCGCCAACGGUUCCUUCAAGCUCAACCGCAAGAAGCUGGAGGGCGGCGGGGAGCGGCGCGGAGCCCCGGCGGCCGCCACCGCCCCGGCCCCCACCGCGCAGAAAGCGAAGAAGGCAGCCCCGGGCGCGGCCGGCUCCCGGCGCGCGGACAAGAAGCCCGCCAGGGGCCAGAAGCCGGAGCAGCGCUCGCACAAGAAGGGCGCUGCCGCCAAGAAGGACAAAGGCGGCAAGGCCAAGAAGACGGCGGCCGCCGGGGGCAAGAAGGUGAAGAAGGCGGCCAAGCCCAGCGUCCCCAAAGUGCCCAAGGGCCGCAAGUGAGCGUGUCGGCCGGUCAGAGCGGCCGGCGUGGGCUUUUCGGUGUUUUUGUUUUUCUACCCCAAGUGACGUAGAUUUUGUACGGCUCACCCCGGCCGGGGCCGCGAGGCCUGGUCUGAGCCUCAGGGAGGGGCCCCGGGUCCUCUCAGUCUUUCCCCUCCCCCAACGAUGUAGCGUUUUUCGUUGUUUGCUUUAGGUUUUUGAAACAGCCCCGGCGACGCCUCUAUUGGCUCUCGGCCUUGGCAACGGCCGUCGUCAUGGUUACUGGCCCCUAGGCGCCGAUGGCCGAGGCCGCGCCUGCCCACCGGGCGGGGUCGCUGGUUGGCCGGGCCCAGGCGCGCGGGGACGCGGAGGCCGCGCAUCCUUUCCCGGCUCCCCACCCUCCUUGCCUUUGGGUGCGCGACAAACAAUCGCUCCGGGCUCAGGGCUGCGCGGCUCUUCCCUUCAUUCCAUGGGCCUUUUUUUGGGCACAAUAAAGCGUUUAAACCUUUCA